UGGUAGUCAAAGGAUCCAACACUACGCGCCAAAUUCGCAAGCUCUCCAAUUGCGCAAUAGAAACCAAUUACGUUCUUCAUUUCAACCUUCCGUCCUGUCCAUUCUGCUUCAAGCAACAAGGCCACAAUUUAGUUUGACCUUUAGAUUCUCCAGGUGCUCAAUCACAAGAACUAAAGAAUUAAUUAUCAACCUCUUCAACGUCGGCUUCACCAAUCCUCUCUAUUCGACCAGGGCGACCCCCUCUAUAACCUACGACAUAUUUUGAUCAGCGCGCCUGCUAGCUUUGGUUCACGCACGAGACACGGGGACAUUGUCUAGCCCAUUUAGCUGUUACCGGUCUUCGACAACUCUUCGACACAACAUGGCAACCAACAAUUGGGUUGAGCAACCUGGCAAGUCGCCUCGCCAUUAUUCAACAGUAUCAACCGACGAAGAGGAAGUGGAACAUAGGGGACAAUACUUUCAGAGCCUGGCCAACAAGGACCCAUGCAUGCACGUAGCCCACGGAGGGCAGCAGCAUCAACAGCAGCCUGAGGACCAGAUGAGCGAUGAGGAAGCAGAGGUUCAAGAGCAAGCGGAAGAGGAGGAUGAAGACGACGCAGAAGGCGAUGACUCAGAUGAUGAUGCAGUCGACGAGUCGGUUCAGCACGACAUGCUGAAGCUGCAAAAUACUUUUCCUGGUUUCAUGGACAAAUACCGGCUUAUCAAGAGGAUUGGUGAAGGCACAUUUUCGACCGUAUACAAGGCUGAAGACCUACAGUACGAAAUGUACGACAAUACCUGGGAUCUGGAUAGAGAUAUUGACAGGUGGCCGCCCACGCCGGUCAAGAGCUCCAAACAUCGAAAUCAGCCCAGGCGAAAACCCAAAUAUGUCGCCAUAAAAAAGAUAUAUGUCACUUCCUCACCAAGCCGCAUCUUGAACGAACUUGAUCUCCUUCACUCUCUCCGUGGCUGCCCUGGAGUUUGCCCCAUGGUCACGGCCUUCCGUCACACCGACCAGGUGGUCGCCAUUCUCCCCUACUUUCGUCACUCCGACUUUCGCGACUAUUUCAGAAACAUGACCGUCCCCGAUAUGUCAAUAUAUCUGCGGUCUUUGUUCACUGCACUCAAAUGGGUCCACAAGGAGAAAAUCCUUCACCGAGACAUCAAGCCAACCAAUUUUCUGUACGACCCAUAUACGGCGCGUGGCGUGCUCGUUGAUUUUGGCCUCGCGGAGCGUCAGGGAAGCGAGGGCUACAAGCCCUGCAUAUGCCAGGAAAAUACAGAGACCCGCCGCGCCAAGCUUAAGAGAGCAUACGCCAACUCUUCGAUUGACAACCUCGCUAUCGGCUAUCCCAAAGAGGACAGGCGGCCGUCGCGCCGGGCAAACCGAGCAGGAACACGGGGCUUCAGAGCCCCAGAGGUGCUGUUCAAGUGCACCCAGCAGACGACCAAGAUCGACAUCUGGUCCGUGGGCGUGAUCCUGCUGACUAUUCUCAGCCGGCGAUUCCCUUUCUUCAACAGCGCCGACGAUGUUGAGGCUAUGAUUGAGAUAUCAACGAUUUUUGGCACCCGCAAGAUGAAGAUAGCCGCGCAAUUACACGGCUGUAAUUUUGAGACGUCGAUCCCGACCAUCGGCUCGGCUGGUUUUAGCUUUGAGCGCAUUAUAAUCUGGAGUACCGUUCGCCCGGAGAACAACCCCCUGACACCUGACGAGGAGCUUGCAGUCAAGUUCCUGUAUCAAUGCCUCGAGCUCGACCCACGGAGACGAAUCAGUGCUGCCGAUGCGCUCGAGCACGAGUUCCUGACCAAGUGGACGACAGGUCCGGAAUCCGCAGCGGAUGAUGAUGAUGAGGUAGACAUGGUUGAGGCAUAAACCAUGGCAUGGCAUUGGGAUGGAAAGAAGGAAUUGGGAGGAUAUUUUCUCGCGGUAAGAUCUUGGGUGUAUAAAUACUGUAUCACUAGACGCGGCAUACGACAUUUGGCAGGCAUGGUUUUAUAAUGGCCGUAUGAUUAACGGAUCCACAUCUGGAGGCUUAUGGGCAAAAUACCGUUUAAUGUGAGCGUUUUGAUAGCAUUCAAUAUAUCAAGCCUCAGACACAUUAUAAUACAUUUAAUUUUGCAAACG